CGCACAGCAGUAAAGUCAGUCACAUUUGAUUUUGCAUCGAAUAAGAAAAUGGCGCGUAGUCCGAAAAAAAGUUCGAGAUCAAGAAGCAGGAGUAGGAGCAGGAGCGCUUCUCCAUCUAAAAGGAGGAGUCCAAAGAAGAAGGCAGCAUCCAAGAAAUCUAUCGCAAGCCCGAGAAGGCCGCGUACGAGGUCUAGGAGCAGAAGUGCCUCUCCAGGCAAGAAGACGGCAACGAUGAAAUCUGUCUCAAGCCCGAGAAGGCCGCGCACAAGGUCUAGGAGCAGAAGUGCCUCCCCGGCAAAGAAGGCCAUGUCAAUCCCAAGAAGGCCGCGUACGAGGUCUAGGAGCAGGAGCGCCUCUCCAGGAAAGAAAACCCAUAAGAAGAGCCCAAAGAAGAAGGUAGCAAAGAAGACGAGCCCUAAAAAACGCCCUAGAACUAGGAGCAGGAGUCGCAGUAGGAGCCGAAGCACGUCCCCUUCCAAGACAGCUAAGCCAAAGAAGGCCAGAAGCCCAAAGAGGAAAGCGGCAAGGAAGUCGGGAGGAGCCAAGAAACCUACAACUCUGUCGAUGGUUGUUGCAGCUGUAACCGCCAUGAAAGACAGAAAGGGGUCGUCCGUUCCAGCCAUUAGAAAAUAUGUUAUGGCUAACUUCAGCAAGUUUCUUUCUGCCAGCAGGAUAACAUCAUCUGUGAGGAUUGCUUUGGCCCGUGGACUUAAGACUGGGGCUCUGGUGCGACCCAAAGGAUCCACCGCUACUGGAGCAACUGGACGAUUUAGGGUUGGAAACACAAAGAAAGUGAAGAAGCCUAUGAAGAAGAAAGCAAAGAAGCCAAAGAAACCAAAGAAGAAGAAGGCAAAGAAACCAAAGAAGGCGAAGAAAGUAACAAAAAAGGCGAAGAAACCUAAGAAGGCAAAGAAAUCUCCAAAGAAGGCAGCAAAGCCGAAGAAGUCUCUAAAGAAGAAGACCACUAAACCGAAAAAGGCAGCUCCGAAGAAAGCCACUGCAAAGAAAUCUAAGAAAUAGAUUUCUUUGAAAACACCCGAGUUCAAAUCUCAA